AUGCCCACACCAGCAGUUCAGCAGAAAUUCAAGAAGCGGUUACGCUCUUGGUCAAAAGACACACCACACCAGACAACCCCACGAGGGCUUCCACAUCCCCGUGGAAUACAGAUGCCUACGGGCGCGGGCUCUCCCAGUGACAACACAGAGACAAAUGAUCGACCAGCCGCCGCCAAAAUGAAGCAGGUUGAAGGAUCGGUGUUUGCAGCUAUAGUCCUCAUAUUCAACACAUUGUUUGGUGCUCCUCCUGUAAGCGACGUGAACAGCUGCCUUGUAGACGCCGUUUCAUCCAACAGUCCAGUUUUAGACCAGUUCAGUAUCAGUAUCAGCAGCAUUCAAGUUGAAGCCCUGCCUUGCCCUCCCAACAGCCAUUAUGAGUCCUGUGCUCCACCCUGCCAGCCCUCCUGUGUCACAACUCCCCCUGGGCAGUGUAUGGGACCAUGUGCAGAGGGGUGUGUGUGUGACCCAGGUUACGUCCUCAGUGCUGGCAAGUGUGUUAAGGAAGACAGCUGUGGAUGCCAGCACACCAAUGGCCAAUACUACCAGCCCGGAGAGGUGUUCUAUACCGCAGACUGUGACCUGAAGUGCACGUGCAAUCCUCCGUCGGUCGACUGUGAUAGUGGAGAAUGUCCGCCUUCGCAGCAGUGUGGUGUCCAGGGAGGAAUUCUUGGGUGCCAUCCAAUAACCACCUCCACCUGUGUUGCCUCUGGUGAUCCCCACUACACCACUUUUGAUGAGUUGAAGUACGACUUCAUGGGCACCUGCACUUACCUGAUGUCCAAACCUUGCAACACCACCAGCAUGCCACAUUACGAGGUCCACGCGACCAACGAGAACCGAAACAACAACGACAGAGUAAGCUAUGUGGCAGAAGUGCUUGUCUAUGUCCAUGGCAUGACGUUGUCCAUUCUUAAAGGAGGAAUCUUCCGGAUAAAUGGGACCAAUGUGAACCUCCCUGUGAAUCCAGCUCCAGAUGUUUCUGUCUACAAGUCUGGAAAACAUUACACAGUGGGCAUGAGCUUUGGGGUGACUGUUCGUUAUGAUGGCAACCACUACAUGGACAUCAAAGUGACAUCUGCCUACAAGGAGAAGGUGUGUGGUCUUUGUGGAGAUUAUGACGGCAACCCCGGAAAUGAUUUCCUUACUCCAACUGGUGAGCUUGUGACUACACCAAAUGACUUUGGCAACAGCUGGAACACUGACCCCAAGUGCGACAACAAUCCAGAAGUGCCUCUCCUUGGCUGUACUCCAGAGGACGAGGAGAAGUACGAGGCUCCUGCCUUCUGUGGAAUCAUUCAGAACACCAACGGUCCAUUUGCUGUGUGCCACUCCAUUGUCAAUUCCGACAACUUCUUCAAGGACUGCACGUUUGACCUGUGUGAACUGGAUGGACUCGAAUCUGCCCUUUGCGAGGCCAUAGAGGCCUAUGUGAAUGAGUGCCAGGAUCGUGGAGUCACCAUCGAGCCUUGGAGAAGCGCCACAUUCUGUCCCCUGACCUGCCCUCCCAACAGCCAUUAUGAGUCCUGUGCUCCACCCUGCCAGCCCUCCUGCGUCACACCUCCCCCUACGCAGUGUAUCGGACCGUGUGCAGAGGGGUGUGUGUGUGACGAAGGUUACGUCCUCAGUGCUGGCAAGUGUGUUCAGGAAGACAGCUGUGGAUGCCAGCACACCAAUGGCCUAUACUACGAGCCUGGAGAGGUGUUCUAUACCGCAGACUGUGACCUGAAGUGCACGUGCAAUCCUCCGUCGGUCGACUGUGAUAGUGGAGAAUGUCCGCCUUCACAGCAGUGUGGUGUUCAGGGAGGAAUUCUUGGGUGCCAUCCAAUAACCACCUCCACCUGUGUUGCCUCUGGUGAUCCCCACUACACCACUUUUGAUGAGUUGAAGUACGACUUCAUGGGCACCUGCACUUACCUGAUGUCCAAACCUUGCAACACGACCAGCAUGCCACAUUUCGAGGUCCACGCGACCAACGAGAACCGAAACAACAACGACAGAGUAAGCUAUGUGGCAGAAGUGCUUGUCUACGUCCAUGGCAUGACGUUGUCCAUUCUUAAAGGAGGAAUCUUCCGGAUAAAUGGGACCAAUGUGAACCUCCCUGUGAAUCCAGCUCCAGAUGUUUCUGUCUACAAGUCCGGAAAACAUUACACAGUGGGCAUGAGCUUUGGGGUGACUGUUCGUUAUGAUGGCAACCACUACAUGGACAUCAAAGUGACAUCUGCCUACAAGGAGAAGGUGUGUGGUCUUUGUGGAGAUUAUGACGGCAACCCCGGAAAUGAUUUCCUUACUCCAACUGGCGAGCUUGUGACUACACCAAACGACUUUGGCAACAGCUGGAACACUGACCCCAAGUGCGACAACAAUCCAGAAGUGCCUCUCCUUGGCUGUACUCCAGAGGACGAGGAGAAGUACGAGGCUCCUGCCUUCUGUGGAAUCAUUCAGAACACCAACGGUCCAUUUGCUGUGUGCCACUCCAUUGUCAAUUCCGACAACUUCUUCAAGGACUGCACGUUUGACCUGUGUGAACUGGAUGGACUCGAAUCUGCCCUUUGCGAGGCCAUAGAGGCCUAUGUGAAUGAGUGCCAGGAUCGUGGAGUCACCAUCGAGCCUUGGAGAAGCGCCACAUUCUGUCCCCUGACCUGCCCUCCCAACAGCCAUUAUGAGUCCUGUGCUCCACCCUGCCAGCCCUCCUGCGUCACACCUCCCCCUGCGCAGUGUAUCGGACCGUGUGCAGAGGGGUGUGUGUGUGACGAAGGUUACGUCCUCAGUGCUGGCAAGUGUGUUCAGGAAGACAGCUGUGGAUGCCAGCACACCAAUGGCCUAUACUACGAGCCUGGAGAGGUGUUCUAUACCGCAGACUGUGACCUGAAGUGCACGUGCAAUCCUCCGUCGGUCGACUGUGAUAUUGGAGAAUGUCCGCCUUCGCAGCAGUGUGGUGUCCAGGGAGGAAUUCUUGGGUGCCAUCCAAUAACCACCUCCACCUGUGUUGCCUCUGGUGAUCCCCACUACACCACUUUUGAUGAGUUGAAGUACGACUUCAUGGGCACCUGCACUUACCUGAUGUCCAAACCUUGCAACACCACCAGCAUGCCACAUUACGAGGUCCACGCGACCAACGAGAACCGAAACAACAACGACAGAGUAAGCUAUGUGGCAGAAGUGCUUGUCUACGUCCAUGGCAUGACGUUGUCCAUUCUUAAAGGAGGAAUCUUCCGGAUAAAUGGGACCAAUGUGAACCUCCCUGUGAAUCCAGCUCCAGAUGUUUCUGUCUACAAGUCCGGAAAACAUUACACAGUGGGCAUGAGCUUUGGGGUGACUGUUCGUUAUGAUGGCAACCACUACAUGGACAUCAAAGUGACAUCUGCCUACAAGGAGAAGGUGUGUGGUCUUUGUGGAGAUUAUGACGGCAACCCCGGAAAUGAUUUCCUUACUCCAACUGGCGAGCUUGUGACUACACCAAACGACUUUGGCAACAGCUGGAACACUGACCCCAAGUGCGACAACAAUCCAGAAGUGCCUCUCCUUGGCUGUACUCCAGAGGACGAGGAGAAGUACGAGGCUCCUGCCUUCUGUGGAAUCAUUCAGAACACCAACGGUCCAUUUGCUGUGUGCCACUCCAUUGUCAAUUCCGACAACUUCUUCAAGGACUGCACGUUUGACCUGUGUGAACUGGAUGGACUCGAAUCUGCCCUUUGCGAGGCCAUAGAGGCCUAUGUGAAUGAGUGCCAGGAUCGUGGAGUCACCAUCGAGCCUUGGAGAAGCGCCACAUUCUGUCCCCUGACCUGCCCUCCCAACAGCCAUUAUGAGUCCUGUGCUCCACCCUGCCAGCCCUCCUGCGUCACACCUCCCCCUGCGCAGUGUAUCGGACCGUGUGCAGAGGGGUGUGUGUGUGACGAAGGUUACGUCCUCAGUGCUGGCAAGUGUGUUCAGGAAGACAGCUGUGGAUGCCAGCACACCAAUGGCCUAUACUACGAGCCUGGAGAGGUGUUCUAUACCGCAGACUGUGACCUGAAGUGCACGUGCAAUCCUCCGUCGGUCGACUGUGAUAGUGGAGAAUGUCCGCCUUCGCAGCAGUGUGGUGUCCAGGGAGGAAUUCUUGGGUGCCAUCCAAUAACCACCUCCACCUGUGUUGCCUCUGGUGAUCCCCACUACACCACUUUUGAUGAGUUGAAGUACGACUUCAUGGGCACCUGCACUUACCUGAUGUCCAAACCUUGCAACACGACCAGCAUGCCACAUUACGAGGUCCACGCGACCAACGAGAACCGAAACAACAACGACAGAGUAAGCUAUGUGGCAGAAGUGCUUGUCUACGUCCAUGGCAUGACGUUGUCCAUUCUUAAAGGAGGAAUCUUCCGGAUAAAUGGGACCAAUGUGAACCUCCCUGUGAAUCCAGCUCCAGAUGUUUCUGUCUACAAGUCCGGAAAACAUUACACAGUGGGCAUGAGCUUUGGGGUGACUGUUCGUUAUGAUGGCAACCACUACAUGGACAUCAAAGUGACAUCUGCCUACAAGGAGAAGGUGUGUGGUCUUUGUGGAGAUUAUGACGGCAACCCCGGAAAUGAUUUCCUUACUCCAACUGGCGAGCUUGUGACUACACCAAACGACUUUGGCAACAGCUGGAACACUGACCCCAAGUGCGACAACAAUCCAGAAGUGCCUCUCCUUGGCUGUACUCCAGAGGACGAGGAGAAGUACGAGGCUCCUGCCUUCUGUGGAAUCAUUCAGAACACCAACGGUCCAUUUGCUGUGUGCCACUCCAUUGUCAAUUCCGACAACUUCUUCAAGGACUGCACGUUUGACCUGUGUGAACUGGAUGGACUCGAAUCUGCCCUUUGCGAGGCCAUAGAGGCCUAUGUGAAUGAGUGCCAGGAUCGUGGAGUCACCAUCGAGCCUUGGAGAAGCGCCACAUUCUGUCCCCUGACCUGCCCUCCCAACAGCCAUUAUGAGUCCUGUGCUCCACCCUGCCAGCCCUCCUGCGUCACACCUCCCCCUGCGCAGUGUAUCGGACCGUGUGCAGAGGGGUGUGUGUGUGACGAAGGUUACGUCCUCAGUGCUGGCAAGUGUGUUCAGGAAGACAGCUGUGGAUGCCAGCACACCAAUGGCCUAUACUACGAGCCUGGAGAGGUGUUCUAUACCGCAGACUGUGACCUGAAGUGCACGUGCAAUCCUCCGUCGGUCGACUGUGAUAGUGGAGAAUGUCCGCCUUCGCAGCAGUGUGGUGUCCAGGGAGGAAUUCUUGGGUGCCAUCCAAUAACCACCUCCACCUGUGUUGCCUCUGGUGAUCCCCACUACACCACUUUUGAUGAGUUGAAGUACGACUUCAUGGGCACCUGCACUUACCUGAUGUCCAAACCUUGCAACACGACCAGCAUGCCACAUUACGAGGUCCACGCGACCAACGAGAACCGAAACAACAACGACAGAGUAAGCUAUGUGGCAGAAGUGCUUGUCUACGUCCAUGGCAUGACGUUGUCCAUUCUUAAAGGAGGAAUCUUCCGGAUAAAUGGGACCAAUGUGAACCUCCCUGUGAAUCCAGCUCCAGAUGUUUCUGUCUACAAGUCCGGAAAACAUUACACAGUGGGCAUGAGCUUUGGGGUGACUGUUCGUUAUGAUGGCAACCACUACAUGGACAUCAAAGUGACAUCUGCCUACAAGGAGAAGGUGUGUGGUCUUUGUGGAGAUUAUGACGGCAACCCCGGAAAUGAUUUCCUUACUCCAACUGGCGAGCUUGUGACUACACCAAACGACUUUGGCAACAGCUGGAACACUGACCCCAAGUGCGACAACAAUCCAGAAGUGCCUCUCCUUGGCUGUACUCCAGAGGACGAGGAGAAGUACGAGGCUCCUGCCUUCUGUGGAAUCAUUCAGAACACCAACGGUCCAUUUGCUGUGUGCCACUCCAUUGUCAAUUCCGACAACUUCUUCAAGGACUGCACGUUUGACCUGUGUGAACUGGAUGGACUCGAAUCUGCCCUUUGCGAGGCCAUAGAGGCCUAUGUGAAUGAGUGCCAGGAUCGUGGAGUCACCAUCGAGCCUUGGAGAAGCGCCACAUUCUGUCCCCUGACCUGCCCUCCCAACAGCCAUUAUGAGUCCUGUGCUCCACCCUGCCAGCCCUCCUGCGUCACACCUCCCCCUGCGCAGUGUAUCGGACCGUGUGCAGAGGGGUGUGUGUGUGACGAAGGUUACGUCCUCAGUGCUGGCAAGUGUGUUCAGGAAGACAGCUGUGGAUGCCAGCACACCAAUGGCCUAUACUACGAGCCUGGAGAGGUGUUCUAUACCGCAGACUGUGACCUGAAGUGCACGUGCAAUCCUCCGUCGGUCGACUGUGAUAGUGGAGAAUGUCCGCCUUCGCAGCAGUGUGGUGUCCAGGGAGGAAUUCUUGGGUGCCAUCCAAUAACCACCUCCACCUGUGUUGCCUCUGGUGAUCCCCACUACACCACUUUUGAUGAGUUGAAGUACGACUUCAUGGGCACCUGCACUUACCUGAUGUCCAAACCUUGCAACACGACCAGCAUGCCACAUUACGAGGUCCACGCGACCAACGAGAACCGAAACAACAACGACAGAGUAAGCUAUGUGGCAGAAGUGCUUGUCUACGUCCAUGGCAUGACGUUGUCCAUUCUUAAAGGAGGAAUCUUCCGGAUAAAUGGGACCAAUGUGAACCUCCCUGUGAAUCCAGCUCCAGAUGUUUCUGUCUACAAGUCCGGAAAACAUUACACAGUGGGCAUGAGCUUUGGGGUGACUGUUCGUUAUGAUGGCAACCACUACAUGGACAUCAAAGUGACAUCUGCCUACAAGGAGAAGGUGUGUGGUCUUUGUGGAGAUUAUGACGGCAACCCCGGAAAUGAUUUCCUUACUCCAACUGGCGAGCUUGUGACUACACCAAACGACUUUGGCAACAGCUGGAACACUGACCCCAAGUGCGACAACAAUCCAGAAGUGCCUCUCCUUGGCUGUACUCCAGAGGACGAGGAGAAGUACGAGGCUCCUGCCUUCUGUGGAAUCAUUCAGAACACCAACGGUCCAUUUGCUGUGUGCCACUCCAUUGUCAAUUCCGACAACUUCUUCAAGGACUGCACGUUUGACCUGUGUGAACUGGAUGGACUCGAAUCUGCCCUUUGCGAGGCCAUAGAGGCCUAUGUGAAUGAGUGCCAGGAUCGUGGAGUCACCAUCGAGCCUUGGAGAAGCGCCACAUUCUGUCCCCUGACCUGCCCUCCCAACAGCCAUUAUGAGUCCUGUGCUCCACCCUGCCAGCCCUCCUGCGUCACACCUCCCCCUGCGCAGUGUAUCGGACCGUGUGCAGAGGGGUGUGUGUGUGACGAAGGUUACGUCCUCAGUGCUGGCAAGUGUGUUCAGGAAGACAGCUGUGGAUGCCAGCACACCAAUGGCCUAUACUACGAGCCUGGAGAGGUGUUCUAUACCGCAGACUGUGACCUGAAGUGCACGUGCAAUCCUCCGUCGGUCGACUGUGAUAGUGGAGAAUGUCCGCCUUCGCAGCAGUGUGGUGUCCAGGGAGGAAUUCUUGGGUGCCAUCCAAUAACCACCUCCACCUGUGUUGCCUCUGGUGAUCCCCACUACACCACUUUUGAUGAGUUGAAGUACGACUUCAUGGGCACCUGCACUUACCUGAUGUCCAAACCUUGCAACACGACCAGCAUGCCACAUUACGAGGUCCACGCGACCAACGAGAACCGAAACAACAACGACAGAGUAAGCUAUGUGGCAGAAGUGCUUGUCUACGUCCAUGGCAUGACGUUGUCCAUUCUUAAAGGAGGAAUCUUCCGGAUAAAUGGGACCAAUGUGAACCUCCCUGUGAAUCCAGCUCCAGAUGUUUCUGUCUACAAGUCCGGAAAACAUUACACAGUGGGCAUGAGCUUUGGGGUGACUGUUCGUUAUGAUGGCAACCACUACAUGGACAUCAAAGUGACAUCUGCCUACAAGGAGAAGGUGUGUGGUCUUUGUGGAGAUUAUGACGGCAACCCCGGAAAUGAUUUCCUUACUCCAACUGGCGAGCUUGUGACUACACCAAACGACUUUGGCAACAGCUGGAACACUGACCCCAAGUGCGACAACAAUCCAGAAGUGCCUCUCCUUGGCUGUACUCCAGAGGACGAGGAGAAGUACGAGGCUCCUGCCUUCUGUGGAAUCAUUCAGAACACCAACGGUCCAUUUGCUGUGUGCCACUCCAUUGUCAAUUCCGACAACUUCUUCAAGGACUGCACGUUUGACCUGUGUGAACUGGAUGGACUCGAAUCUGCCCUUUGCGAGGCCAUAGAGGCCUAUGUGAAUGAGUGCCAGGAUCGUGGAGUCACCAUCGAGCCUUGGAGAAGCGCCACAUUCUGUCCCCUGACCUGCCCUCCCAACAGCCAUUAUGAGUCCUGUGCUCCACCCUGCCAGCCCUCCUGCGUCACACCUCCCCCUGCGCAGUGUAUCGGGCCGUGUGCAGAGGGGUGUGUGUGUGACGAAGGUUACGUCCUCAGUGCUGGCAAGUGUGUUCAGGAAGACAGCUGUGGAUGCCAGCACACCAAUGGCCUAUACUACGAGACAAAGCCAAAAGUGUACUCACGGUCACUAGACACAGCAGUAACUUCAGGCACAAGCUCUUCAGACUUGCAGAACUGUCGCCACAAAGCAGACUGUCUAAACUCUCCAUCAGAUCCUGAAAAACAAUACAAGAGCCAUGAAAUGCUGAAAUGCUACAAGGAGAAGGUGUGUGGUCUUUGUGGAGAUUAUGACGGCAACCCCGGAAAUGAUUUCCUUACUCCAACUGGCGAGCUUGUGCCUACACCAAACGACUUUGGCAACAGCUGGAACACUGACCCCAAGUGCGACAACAAUCCAGAAGUGCCUCUCCUUGGCUGUACUCCAGAGGACGAGGAGAAGUACGAGGCUCCUGCCUUCUGUGGAAUCAUUCAGAACACCAACGGUCCAUUUGCUGUGUGCCACUCCAUUGUCAAUUCCGACAACUUCUUCAAGGACUGCACGUUUGACCUGUGUGAACUGGAUGGACUCGAAUCUGCCCUUUGCGAGGCCAUAGAGGCCUAUGUGAAUGAGUGCCAGGAUCGUGGAGUCACCAUCGAGCCUUGGAGAAGCGCCACAUUCUGUCCCCUGACCUGCCCUCCCAACAGUCAUUAUGAGUCCUGUGCUCCACCCUGCCAGCACUCCUGCGUCACACCUCCCCCUGCGCAGUGUAUCGGACCGUGUGCAGAGGGAUGUGUGUGUGACGAAGGUUACGUCCUCAGUGCUGGCAAGUGUGUUCAGGAAGACAGCUGUGGAUGCCAGCACACCAAUGGCCUAUACUACGAGCCUGGAGAGGUGUUCUAUACCGCAGACUGUGACCUGAAGUGCACGUGCAAUCCUCCGUCGGUCGACUGUGAUAGUGGAGAAUGUCCGCCUUCGCAGCAGUGUGGUGUCCAGGGAGGAAUUCUUGGGUGCCAUCCAAUAACCACCUCCACCUGUGUUGCCUCUGGUGAUCCCCACUACACCACUUUUGAUGAGUUGAAGUACGACUUCAUGGGCACCUGCACUUACCUGAUGUCCAAACCUUGCAACACCACCAGCAUGCCACAUUACGAGGUCCACGCGACCAACGAGAACCGAAACAACAACGACAGAGUAAGCUAUGUGGCAGAAGUGCUUGUCUACGUCCAUGGCAUGACGUUGUCCAUUCUUAAAGGAGGAAUCUUCCGGAUAAAUGGGACCAAUGUGAACCUCCCUGUGAAUCCAGCUCCAGAUGUUUCUGUCUACAAGUCCGGAAAACAUUACACAGUGGGCAUGAGCUUUGGGGUGACUGUUCGUUAUGAUGGCAACCACUACAUGGACAUCAAAGUGACAUCUGCCUACAAGGAGAAGGUGUGUGGUCUUUGUGGAGAUUAUGACGGCAACCCCGGAAAUGAUUUCCUUACUCCAACUGGCGAGCUUGUGACUACACCAAACGACUUUGGCAACAGCUGGAACACUGACCCCAAGUGCGACAACAAUCCAGAAGUGCCUCUCCUUGGCUGUACUCCAGAGGAUGAGGAGAAGUACGAGGCUCCUGCCUUCUGUGGAAUCAUUCAGAACACCAACGGUCCAUUUGCUGUGUGCCACUCCAUUGUCAAUUCCGACAACUUCUUCAAGGACUGCACGUUUGACCUGUGUGAACUGGAUGGACUCGAAUCUGCCCUUUGCGAGGCCAUAGAGGCCUAUGUGAAUGAGUGCCAGGAUCGUGGAGUCACCAUCGAGCCUUGGAGAAGCGCCACAUUCUGUCCCCUGACCUGCCCUCCCAACAGCCAUUAUGAGUCCUGUGCUCCACCCUGCCAGCCCUCCUGCGUCACACCUCCCCCUGCGCAGUGUAUCGGACCGUGUGCAGAGGGGUGUGUGUGUGACGAAGGUUACGUCCUCAGUGCUGGCAAGUGUGUUCAGGAAGACAGCUGUGGAUGCCAGCACACCAAUGGCCUAUACUACGAGCCUGGAGAGGUGUUCUAUACCGCAGACUGUGACCUGAAGUGCACGUGCAAUCCUCCGUCGGUCGACUGUGAUAGUGGAGAAUGUCCGCCUUCGCAGCAGUGUGGUGUCCAGGGAGGAAUUCUUGGGUGCCAUCCAAUAACCACCUCCACCUGUGUUGCCUCUGGUGAUCCCCACUACACCACUUUUGAUGAGUUGAAGUACGACUUCAUGGGCACCUGCACUUACCUGAUGUCCAAACCUUGCAACACCACCAGCAUGCCACAUUACGAGGUCCACGCGACCAACGAGAACCGAAACAACAACGACAGAGUAAGCUAUGUGGCAGAAGUGCUUGUCUACGUCCAUGGCAUGACGUUGUCCAUUCUUAAAGGAGGAAUCUUCCGGAUAAAUGGGACCAAUGUGAACCUCCCUGUGAAUCCAGCUCCAGAUGUUUCUGUCUACAAGUCCGGAAAACAUUACACAGUGGGCAUGAGCUUUGGGGUGACUGUUCGUUAUGAUGGCAACCACUACAUGGACAUCAAAGUGACAUCUGCCUACAAGGAGAAGGUGUGUGGUCUUUGUGGAGAUUAUGACGGCAACCCCGGAAAUGAUUUCCUUACUCCAACUGGCGAGCUUGUGACUACACCAAACGACUUUGGCAACAGCUGGAACACUGACCCCAAGUGCGACAACAAUCCAGAAGUGCCUCUCCUUGGCUGUACUCCAGAGGACGAGGAGAAGUACGAGGCUCCUGCCUUCUGUGGAAUCAUUCAGAACACCAACGGUCCAUUUGCUGUGUGCCACUCCAUUGUCAAUUCCGACAACUUCUUCAAGGACUGCACGUUUGACCUGUGUGAACUGGAUGGACUCGAAUCUGCCCUUUGCGAGGCCAUAGAGGCCUAUGUGAAUGAGUGCCAGGAUCGUGGAGUCACCAUCGAGCCUUGGAGAAGCGCCACAUUCUGUCCCCUGACCUGCCCUCCCAACAGCCAUUAUGAGUCCUGUGCUCCACCCUGCCAGCCCUCCUGCGUCACACCUCCCCCUGCGCAGUGUAUCGGACCGUGUGCAGAGGGGUGUGUGUGUGACGAAGGUUACGUCCUCAGUGCUGGCAAGUGUGUUCAGGAAGACAGCUGUGGAUGCCAGCACACCAAUGGCCUAUACUACGAGCCUGGAGAGGUGUUCUAUACCGCAGACUGUGACCUGAAGUGCACGUGCAAUCCUCCGUCGGUCGACUGUGACAGUGGAGAAUGUCCGCCUUCGCAGCAGUGUGGUGUCCAGGGAGGAAUUCUUGGGUGCCAUCCAAUAACCACCUCCACCUGUGUUGCCUCUGGUGAUCCCCACUACACCACUUUUGAUGAGUUGAAGUACGACUUCAUGGGCACCUGCACCUACCUGAUGUCCAAACCUUGCAACACGACCAGCAUGCCACAUUACGAGGUCCACGCGACCAACGAGAACCGAAACAACAACGACAGAGUAAGCUAUGUGGCAGAAGUGCAUGUCUACGUCCAUGGCAUGACGUUGUCCAUUCUUAAAGGAGGAAUCUUCCGGAUAAAUGGGACCAAUGUGAACCUCCCUGUGAAUCCAGCUCCAGAUGUUUCUGUCUACAAGUCUGGAAAACAUUACACAGUGGGCAUGAGCUUUGGGGUGACUGUUCGUUAUGAUGGCAACCACUACAUGGACAUCAAAGUGACAUCUGCCUACAAGGAGAAGGUGUGUGGUCUUUGUGGAGAUUAUGACGGCAACCCCGGAAAUGAUUUCCUUACUCCAACUGGCGAGCUUGUGACUACACCAAAUGACUUUGGCAACAGCUGGAACACUGACCCCAAGUGCGACAACAAUCCAGAAGUGCCUCUCCUUGGCUGUACUCCAGAGGACGAGGAGAAGUACGAGGCUCCUGCCUUCUGUGGAAUCAUUCAGAACACCAACGGUCCAUUUGCUGUGUGCCACUCCAUCGUCAAUUCCGACAACUUCUUCAAGGACUGCACGUUUGACCUGUGUGAACUGGAUGGACUCGAAUCUGCCCUUUGCGAGGCCAUAGAGGCCUAUGUGAAUGAGUGCCAGGAUCGUGGAGUCACCAUCGAGCCUUGGAGAAGCGCCACAUUCUGUCCCCUGACCUGCCCUCCCAACAGCCAUUAUGAGUCCUGUGCUCCACCCUGCCAGCCCUCCUGCGUCACACCUCCCCCUGCGCAGUGUAUCGGACCGUGUGCAGAGGGGUGUGUGUGUGACGAAGGUUACGUCCUCAGCGCUGGCAAGUGUGUUCAGGAAGACAGCUGUGGAUGCCAGCACACCAAUGGCCUAUACUACGAGCCUGGAGAGGUGUUCUAUACCGCAGACUGUGACCUGAAGUGCACGUGCAAUCCUCCGUCGGUCGACUGUGAUAGUGGAGAAUGUCCGCCUUCGCAGCAGUGUGGUGUCCAGGGAGGAAUUCUUGGGUGCCAUCCAAUAACCACCUCCACCUGUGUUGCCUCUGGUGAUCCCCACUACACCACUUUUGAUGAGUUGAAGUACGACUUCAUGGGCACCUGCACCUACCUGAUGUCCAAACCUUGCAACACGACCAGCAUGCCACAUUACGAGGUCCACGCGACCAACGAGAACCGAAACAAUAACGACAGAGUAAGCUAUGUGGCAGAAGUGCAUGUCUACGUCCAUGGCAUGACGUUGUCCAUUCUUAAAGGAGGAAUCUUCCGGAUAAAUGGGACCAAUGUGAACGUCCCUGUGAAUCCAGCUCCAGAUGUUUCUGUCUACAAGUCUGGAAAACAUUACACAGUGGGCAUGAGCUUUGGGGUGACUGUUCGUUAUGAUGGCAACCACUACAUGGACAUCAAAGUGACAUCUGCCUACAAGGAGAAGGUGUGUGGUCUUUGUGGAGAUUAUGACGGCAACCCCGGAAAUGAUUUCCUUACUCCAACUGGCGAGCUUGUGACUACACCAAACGACUUUGGCAACAGCUGGAACACUGACCCCAAGUGCGACAACAAUCCAGAAGUGCCUCUCCUUGGCUGUACUCCAGAGGACGAGGAGAAGUACGAGGCUCCUGCCUUCUGUGGAAUCAUUCAGAACACCAACGGUCCAUUUGCUGUGUGCCACCUCAUCGUCAAUUCCGACAACUUCUUCAAGGACUGCACGUUUGACCUGUGUGAACUGGAUGGACUCGAAUCUGCCCUUUGCGAGGCCAUAGAGGCCUAUGUGAAUGAGUGCCAGGAUCGUGGAGUCACCAUCGAGCCUUGGAGAAGCGCCACAUUCUGUCCCCUGACCUGCCCUCCCAACAGCCAUUAUGAGUCCUGUGCUCCACCCUGCCAGCCCUCCUGCGUCACACCUCCCCCUGCGCAGUGUAUCGGACCGUGUGCAGAGGGGUGUGUGUGUGACGAAGGUUACGUCCUCAGCGCUGGCAAGUGUGUUCAGGAAGACAGCUGUGGAUGCCAGCACACCAAUGGCCUAUACUACGAGCCUGGAGAGGUGUUCUAUACCGCAGACUGUGACCUGAAGUGCACGUGCAAUCCUCCGUCGGUCAACUGUGAUAGUGGAGAAUGUCCGCCUUCGCAGCAGUGUGGUGUCCAGGGAGGAAUUCUUGGGUGCCAUCCAAUAACCACCUCCACCUGUGUUGCCUCUGGUGAUCCCCACUACACCACUUUUGAUGAGUUGAAGUACGACUUCAUGGGCACCUGCACCUACCUGAUGUCCAAACCUUGCAACACGACCAGCAUGCCACAUUACGAGGUCCACGCGACCAACGAGAACCGAAACAACAACGACAGAGUAAGCUAUGUGGCAGAAGUGCAUGUCUACGUCCAUGGCAUGACGUUGUCCAUUCUUAAAGGAGGAAUCUUCCGGAUAAAUGGGACCAAUGUGAACCUCCCUGUGAAUCCAACUCCAGAUGUUUCUGUCUACAAGUCUGGAAAACAUUACACAGUGGGCAUGAGCUUUGGGGUGACUGUUCGUUAUGAUGGCAACCACUACAUGGACAUCAAAGUGACAUCUGCCUACAAGGAGAAGGUGUGUGGUCUUUGUGGAGAUUAUGACGGCAACCCCGGAAAUGAUUUCCUUACUCCAACUGGCGAGCUUGUCACUACACCAAACGACUUUGGCAACAGCUGGAACACUGACCCCAAGUGCGACAACAAUCCAGAAGUGCCUCUCCUUGGCUGUACUCCAGAGGACGAGGAGAAGUACGAGGCUCCUGCCUUCUGUGGAAUCAUUCAGAACACCAACGGUCCAUUUGCUGUGUGCCACCUCAUCGUCAAUUCCGACAACUUCUUCAAGGACUGCACGUUUGACCUGUGUGAACUGGAUGGACUCGAAUCUGCCCUUUGCGAGGCCAUAGAGGCCUAUGUGAAUGAGUGCCAGGAUCGUGGAGUCACCAUCGAGCCUUGGAGAAAUGCCACAUUCUGUCCCCUGACCUGCCCUCCCAACAGCCAUUAUGAGUCCUGUGCUCCACCGUGCCAGCCCUCCUGCGUCACACCUCCCCCUGCGCAGUGUAUCGGACCGUGUGCAGAAGGGUGUGUGUGUGACGAAGGUUACGUCCUCAGCGCUGGCAAGUGUGUUCAGGAAGACAGCUGUGGAUGCCAGCACACCAAUGGCCUAUACUACGAGCCUGGAGAGGUGUUCUAUACCGCAGACUGUGACCUGAAGUGCACGUGCAAUCCUCCGUCGGUCGACUGUGAUAGUGGAGAAUGUCCGCCUUCGCAGCAGUGUGGUGUCCAGGGAGGAAUUCUUGGGUGCCAUCCAAUAACCACCUCCACCUGUGUUGCCCCUGGUGAUCCCCACUACACCACUUUUGAUGAGUUGAAGUACGACUUCAUGGGCACCUGCACCUACCUGAUGUCCAAACCUUGCAACACGACCAGCAUGCCACAUUACGAGGUCCACGCGACCAACGAGAACCGAAACAACAACGAGAGAGUAAGCUAUGUGGCAGAAGUGCAUGUCUACGUCCAUGGCAUGACGUUGUCCAUUCUUAAAGGAGGAAUCUUCCGGAUAAAUGGGACCAAUGUGAACCUCCCUGUGAAUCCAACUCCAGAUGUUUCUGUGUACAAGUCCGGAAAACAUUACACAGUGGGCAUGAGCUUUGGGGUGACUGUUCGUUAUGAUGGCAACCACUACAUGGACAUCAAAGUGACAUCUGCCUACAAGGAGAAGGUGUGUGGUCUUUGUGGAGAUUAUGACGGCAACCCCGGAAAUGAUUUCCUUACUCCAACUGGCGAGCUUGUCACUACACCAAACGACUUUGGCAACAGCUGGAACACUGACCCCAAGUGCGACAACAAUCCAGAAGUGCCUCUCCUUGGCUGUACUCCAGAGGACGAGGAGAAGUACGAGGCUCCUGCCUUCUGUGGAAUCAUUCAGAACACCAACGGUCCAUUUGCUGUGUGCCACCUCAUCGUCAAUUCCGACAACUUCUUCAAGGACUGCACGUUUGACCUGUGUGAACUGGAUGGACUCGAAUCUGCCCUUUGCGAGGCCAUAGAGGCCUAUGUGAAUGAGUGCCAGGAUCGUGGAGUCACCAUCGAGCCUUGGAGAAAUGCCACAUUCUGUCCCCUGACCUGCCCUCCCAACAGCCAUUAUGAGUCCUGUGCUCCACCCUGCCAGCCCUCCUGCGUCACACCUCCCCCUGCGCAGUGUAUCGGACCGUGUGCAGAGGGGUGUGUGUGUGACGAAGGUUACGUCCUCAGCGCUGGCAAGUGUGUUCAGGAAGACAGCUGUGGAUGCCAGCACACCAAUGGCCUAUACUACGAGCCUGGAGAGGUGUUCUAUACUGCAGACUGUGACCUGAAGUGCACGUGCAAUCCUCCGUCGGUCGACUGUGAUAGUGGAGAAUGUCUGCCUUCGCAGCAGUGUGGUGUCCAGGGAGGAAUUCUUGGGUGCCAUCCAAUAAUGUGUGGUAGACCUACACUCAAUGAAAGGAUAGUCGGUGGAGAAGACAGUGCAGCAGGAAGUUGGCCCUGGCAAGUUAGUUUACAACGGGACCUUGAACAUUACUGUGGAGGUUCCCUCAUCAACAACCAAUGGAUUCUGACCGCAGCACACUGCACCGACGGGAUUUCAAGUGCUGAUAUGGCCAGGUGGACUGUUCGUCUUGGCGUGAAGGACCUGGAUAUCUCCUCAGCCAACGAGUUGACAAACACAUUGACUGAGGUCAUUGUGCAUCCAGAGUAUGAUGAUUGGACAUUGGACAAUGACAUUGCAUUACUUCAGAUGAGCACGCCUGUGACCUUUAAUGACUACAUCAGCCCUGUUUGCCUAGCAGACAGCAACAGUGUGUUUCACAAUGGCACGGCCAGUUGGGCGACUGGCUGGGGAGACAUUAACGAAGGAGAGUCCCUUCCACAUCCUGGGACAUUACAGGAGGUUGAGGUGCCAGUGAUAGGGAAUAGACAAUGUGACUGCUUCUACCAACCCAUAGAUUGGCCAAUAACCCAAAACAUGAUCUGUUCUGGUCUGCUGGAUGGGGGCAAGGACGCCUGUCAGGGAGACUCAGGUGGUCCGAUGGUAAACCAACAGAACUCAGUGUGGAUCCAGUCUGGACUAGUCAGUUUUGGAUACGGAUGUGCUCGAGAAGGUUUCCCCGGGGUCUACACCAGAGUGUCAAGUUACCAGUCCUGGAUCGAAUCGCAUAUCACCAGUGAUCCUCCAGGCUUUGUCCAGUUCUCCUCUAUUGGGGAGGAUGAAGACAGCAGCUUCACCUGUUCUGUAUAACUACAGCCUCUGUGACCACAUCAUCACCACAAAGUGUAACCAUGGGAACAAUGAGAAUGAAGAUGAAAAUACAGUACCACCGCCAUGAAUGUCACGACACCAAACAUGCCUUGCAGCUUGGAAACACCUGCCAAAUCAGUUAUGCCCACGAAGACCAAGGAGCUUUUCAAACUUUUCCAGAGUCAUUUUGUCUCUGAAUGCAUGCUGGAUGAAUGCAUGCAUUAGUUGGCCUGUGAACCAAGGGAAGAUUAUUCAUAGGUUUCUGGUACGGAAACGUUCCUAUCUGUGCGCACAGUUGAGGAACCGUCUGCAACAUCUGAUUUUUUGGAAACUGCUGUCACAUGCUAACUCAGGACUGAGUGCCCGAUCCCUCUCCAACAAAUCUGAAAGAAGAAAAUAAGCACUUUUGGGACAAUGGUUUAUUGGUGCCCUAUGUUUCUGGGGAAAUGUCUAACAGUUGCAGAUUAAUCUUUGUAUUAAUUAUUAUUACUUCAUCUUCAACAUCCACCUAAUAUUGGAAGUCAACAUACAGUAUGGUAAACAGUGGUGGGAAAAACAACACAGUAAUCAAAAGGAAUUGCUGUGAGCCUACAUUUUUGUUUACAUUGUAUCUCAUCAUGAAGUAUGCACAUAAUCAUACCUUGUCAUAGUUGUAUUUGUUCAAUAAAUUGGUUUGGCUCAAUGA